AUGUCAGCCGUUCAGCCUGUCGCAGUUUACGCCCUCCGGGUUCCUCCCGGAGCUUUGAUUCCUGCUGUGCCUAAUGCUGCCGCUUCGUUCCGCGUCAGCAUGGCCGCUAUUGACCCUGAUGAGACCCCCGAUUUCGAGGAUGGUGACUCCAGCAAGCCCUCGCGCGCCACCUUGAAGAUCGUUCGUCCUCCUCCUGGUCUCGACUUGGACGAAGAUGAUGAGGAUGAUGAGGACUACAGCGAUGUUGAGGAUGAUGAGGACUCCGAUGAUGAUGAGGUCAACGGUGGCCCCAGUGACAAGGAGAAGGCUCGUCAGCUGAAGAAGGCUGCUGCCCAGAAGGAACUGGAGGACGCCAUGGAUGAGGAUGAUGAGGAUGAGUCCGAUGACGGUGGCUUCGACCUUAAGGCUGCUAUCUCCAAGCUCAUCAAGGGCAAGGGCCCCGCCAGCGGUGACGACGAGUCCGAUGACGAGUCCGAUGAGGGCCUUGACCUCGAUGAGAGCGUCAUCUGUACCCUCAGCCCCGAGAAGAACUGCCAGCAGACCCUCGACAUCACUGUCUGUGAGGGCGAGCGUGUUUUCUUCAAGGUCACUGGUAACCACACUGUCUACCUCACCGGUAACUACGUCAUUGGUCUCGAUGAGGGCCGUGAGGAUUACGAUGAGGAUGAGGAUGAUGAGGAUGACUACGACCUCUCCCCCGAUGAGGAGGAGCUUGACAUGGAGGAGCUCCUGGCCAUGGAUGCCGACGAGAGCGACGACCUUGAUGGCAUGGACGACCCCCGCAUCACCGAGGUCGACAGCGAAGAGGAUGCCCCCAAGCUUGUUGAGGCUAAGGGCAAGGGCAAGAACAAGCGUGCCGCCGAGGAGGAGUCCCUCGACGACAUGAUCGCCAAGAGCACCAAGGGCAAGGCCACCAAGGAGGAGCCCGUCCUGACCAAGGCCCAGCAGAAGAAGCUGAAGAAGAACAACGGUGAUGCCGCCGCUGUUGAGACCAAGAAGGAGGCCGAGGCCAAGAAGGAGGCCAAGUCCGACAAGAAGGUCCAGUUCGCCAAGAACCUCGAGCAGGGUCCUACUCCCUCCGGUGACAAGCCCACCGGCACUCUCGGUGUGAAGGAGGUUCGUGGUGUCAAGAUUGAUGACAAGAAGCUCGGCAAGGGUGUUGCUGCCAAGAGCGGCAACACUGUCGCCAUGCGCUACAUCGGAAAGCUCAAGGACGGCAAGGUCUUCGACUCUAACAAGAAGGGCAAGCCUUUCACCUUCAAGCUUGGACGUGGUGAGGUCAUCAAGGGUUGGGACAUCGGUGUUGCCGGCAUGGCCCCCGGUGCUGAGCGCCGCCUGACCAUUCCUGCUUCCCUCGCUUACGGAAAGAAGGCUCUUCCUGGUAUCCCCGCCAACUCUGAGCUGAUCUUCGACAUUAAGCUGCUUGAGAUCAAAUAG